CUUGCUAGUUGUGGGAGACUGCUCAUAGAUAACGCCGAGAGGACCCGGGUCCACUCGGCUUGUGGAGUCGGAGGCCAUGCAUCGCAGCAGCAGCAGCUCCACAAGCGGAGUGGUCCUGGCUCCCGCGGCCCGAGGUCCUGACACUUGUCAGAUGCUCACCAGAGCCCAGCUCGGCCAGGACCCCCCUCAAAGAACAGUGCUGGGGCUACUGACUGACAAUGGGCAGUACAGGAGGACCUGCGGCCAGGGGAUCACGGCAAUCAAGUGUUUUCCUGGAUCAGAAAAUGUCGUUCCUCCAGCUGGAAAGAAAUUGCCGCCUGAGUGUGGAGACCAAGAGCAAGGCAAGCAAGGAUUCGAUAUCUACAUGGAGGAGUCCGAGCAGGGGCAGGGAGACGGCUGUCCCCAGAAGGAGGGGAUGGCAUUCGAGGAAGUGUAUGAAGUUGACACCAGCACACUCAAGUCGGACCUUCAUUUCCUGCUGGAUUUCAGCACAGUGUCCCCCAUGCUGGUAGAUUCAUCUCUCCAUUUCCAAUCUGAAGAUGCGGCAGAUCUGGGCACAGAUGUGAUAAAUGUGACUGAGUACGCUGAAGAAAUUCAUCAGUACCUUAGAGAAGCCGAAAUAAGACACAGGCCCAAAGCGCACUACAUGAGGAAGCAGCCAGACAUCACAGAAGGCAUGCGUACGAUUCUGGUGGACUGGCUCGUGGAGGUUGGCGAGGAGUAUAAACUUCGAGCAGAGACCCUGUAUCUGGCUGUCAACUUCCUGGACAGGUUUCUGUCCAGCAUGUCUGUCCUGAGGGGGAAAUUACAGCUCGUGGGAACAGCAGCUAUUCUCCUGGCCUCGAAAUACGAAGAGAUAUAUCCGCCCGAAGUAGACGAGUUUGUCUAUAUUACCGAUGACACGUACACAAAACGACAACUGUUAAGAAUGGAACACCUACUCUUGAAGGUCCUGGCUUUUGAUCUGACAGUACCAACCACCAACCAGUUUCUCCUGCAAUACAUGAGGCGUCAGGGAGUGUGCAUCAGAACUGAGAACCUGGCCAAGUAUGUCGCAGAACUGAGUCUACUUGAAGCUGACCCAUUCUUGAAAUACCUUCCUUCACUGAUAGCUGCAGCAGCUUAUUGCCUGGCAAACUAUACUGUGAACAGGCACUUCUGGCCAGAAACCCUUGCUGCAUUUACAGGCUAUUCAUUAAAUGAAAUUGUGCCUUGUCUGAGUGAGCUACAUAAAGCGUGCCUUGAUAUACCCCAUCGACCUCAGCAAGCAAUUAGAGAGAAGUAUAAGGCUUCAAAGUAUUUGUGUGUGUCUCUCAUGGAACCACCUGCAGUUCUUCCUCUACAAUAAGAUUCAGAACUGAAGCCCUUACAAAAUUCAACCUCAGAACUGCUCUUAAUUUUCAUAAGUUUCUGCUGUUGGGUCAACUAAUGUUGCUACAAUAUAGACAACUUUUAAAAAUAUAAAUGCAUUUAGU